AUGCUGGACCAGCUAUCGCCCGUUGCUCCUGCCAGAGUACGAGUGGUACUUUUGCCAAUUGGCCAGAUCAAGCGCGCAAGAUUCCUAAACUUCGUCGAGAGGUUACAGCCUGAAAAUGUUGUGCGCCUGGGGGAUAUUAGUCCAGAUGGACGACCACAUAGGAAUAUGUUCUCACCCCUGGCCUUCCCCACUGGCAUGAUUGUAUACGAUCUUACGACAUUUUACCCUCCAUCCUCCCAUGUCGCUCUGUCCCCAUUCGAACUAUAUCGCGAACCAUUGGUUUUCAUUGCCAUUGGAGAUGGCGCAGAGUUGGACCACGUAGCAUAUCGAAAUCCUAGGAGGAGUCUCAAUGGAAGUGGACCGCCUCGGCCGGAACACAACUUGCGGGAGUUAUAUCAAGAUUUGGAGGAUGUUAGAGACAGGUAUCCGAAAGGGCUGGUACACCAACUAUUGCUAUUUGAUUACGUUCAUCCAACCUCUGCUGGUCCAUUACCCGAGGGACUGGUGGCGGUGCCUCCACCUGCACAAUGUACGAUUACAACGCUGAAAACUAUCAUGUGUGAUAUCUCAUCUUUGCUGUUAGCAGAGAUGACUACAUUAGCCAAGUCCCUCCAGGCUCUGAAUACGAUUGAAUCGCCGAGUCAGUCACAAGGUAGUCGACAACACAACGAGACUAGACAAGCAGAUUUGCUUUCGCGGCGGAAUUCGCAUAUAUCCUCAGCUGCUCAAAACUCACGCUCCGAUUCUCCUGGAGACAGCCAUGAUCGCAACCAUGUUCGAAUGUCUAUGCCAGUCCUUCGCUCGACAGAUUCCAACACCUCUUCCUCAUCUGGUCGGCCAACUACACCUCAGAAUGGCGCCCAGACUGAUCUGCCUACAUCAUUUGACCAAAUUGUUGGUCGUAAUAAGUCAGAUUCGACGCCUUCACAAAGGCCAAUAUCCUCACGGUUGACUAGUACGGAACCCGUCCGAGAUAUCAGCCGCGAUCGGGUUUCUGUUCAGGGGUUUGGACCUGGCAGUAUCAGCGAGAGGUCCAGGAAUAUUGGCAAAGGGCGCAUUGGCGUUGUGGUUGGUUCGCUUUACCUUCAGGCUGGGCGAUGGGGGGAUGCGCUGCGGGAGCUCACCGAAGCUGGCGCCAUAGCAAAAUACAAUCUCGACCACUUAUGGCAUGCUAAAUCCCUCGAUUAUAUCCUCGUAAGUAUGCUUAUGCUUGCCUGGACCGGCCUCGAUUUUCAAAUACCUCAAAUCUGUUAUAUCACAGAAAAAGCACUCCAGGCGUCAAGCUCUGGUGAACCUAAAUCUCCUGCAAGCAAUCGACUUGUGUCUUUACAAAAUCUUGUAGUACUACUGCCAGAGCUAUUGGACAGGAUUCUGAAUCUUUAUGCUAGAGCAGCGAACAAUACCGGGGAGGCAUUACCUCAGUUCCCUUUCUCGGAGUCGGUUGUACGAUUCUCGAAAUUGCUUUCUGUCAUCCACUUAGCAGGAGGGGAAUUGGAUGAUGACGUUUUGCAGCUUCUGGUUGUUAGUACUCCAUUCAAAAAGCGACCGAACGUUGUCUCGCCUCGCGUAAGCAUUCGCCCAACGAGGACGGAAAUCGUAGCGACCUUAUUUCGAGCUUUUCCCUCGAAAGAAUUACCGGAGUAUUUAUUAUCCGUUGUUGAUCGCACAAUCGUAUUGAGUGGAAUAGCGUCAACUUUGGGCUUGCUGGGGUACUAUAGAAAGAAGGCCAUGGUGAUGCGCGAGCUGGUCAAAGUUCUGAUACCUGGUCUUGUCCAGGCGAGAAUCAAAGGGGCUGCCGAAAUGGGUGUACAUCCCGCAGCUGGUUUAGCUGCUCUUAAUUCUAUCAACGGAAGUACACACGGUGCAGGAGCGCUUGAUCUUGGUGAAGGAGACGUUGAAAAUGGAGUGGAUAGCUUCCUCGGGCUACUGGGCCAAACAUAUGGCGUUGUUUCAUCAGUUGACAAUUUUGGAGAGACAGAGUUGCAUGACGAUUCGAAUGAAGCUGCAAUAGCAAGAAUUGUAAAGAACGCCACACUUCGCGCUUUUGGGGGCCAGGGCCUCAAGAUGGAUGUUCUUCGUUCUUGUAUUAAUUUUUCGGAGGCGUUGCCUGAUUUCCACGGCGUCUUGAGGUUCACAGCUGAUCUCUUGAGAACAGCUGGCAGCGGCGUUGCUCCAGGUCCUCGCAGUGAUGAUGCGUCUCCAUCAAUGACUCGAGAAGAACAAGUCCGACUCGCUACCAACAUAACAAGAACCCUUGGCGCGGCGAGGAGCCUGGGCGUCAAGAAUAUCGCAGCUGAGUACUGGGACGAAUUUUUAGUCCGAGGUGUAGAGCUUGAAGCUUUGCCGGUCGCCAGAACGCCAAUCCCCCACAAGAAAGAUGAGCUUCCUGGCACAACAGCGGUCGCUUCAUCACGAGGGGUCAAUCCCUUUAUCUACAACCCAUUUUUACGCGCCCCCGAUACUACUGCAGUGGAUCGCUUACUUGUGGCUGGCGAGGGCGCAAUUUUUCGAGUCACUUUGCAAAACCCCUACGAGUUUGAUGUAGAGAUUGAGAGCAUGAAAUUGGAAUCUGAAGGGGUCAUCUUUGCAUCCUCAGUUCAGAAGACAGUAAUUGGGCCGUAUCGGACACAGAUUCUGUCGGUUUCAGGGACUCCCAAAGGUGCGGGGCAUUUGAAAAUCACAGGAUGCAUAGUAAGAGUUCGAGGAUGCCGAGAAAGACGCUUUCCUAUCUUUGAAGAUCCCUGGUCACCUCAAAGCGCCGUCAAAGUCAAAACUAUUGGGGUUGCUGCCAUUUUCAAGCCGAAAGACCGACCGACUAGUACCGAUUCCCGAUCAACAAUCUCGCCCUCAAUGACUCCUCCAAAGACAACAUCCAUAGGAUUGAACGUUAUCGAAAGGCAACCCGUCGUGAUUGUCAAGUCCAAUACUCUCUCUCAAUCUGCUGUCAUGGUAUUAGAAGGUGAACGCCAGAGGUUUUCAGUCACACUGGAGAAUCUUUCAAAAGACACACCUGUGGAUCUGCUGCUGUUCACGUUCAAAGACUCGACUCAAGCCCCUCUACAGACUGCUAUAAGCAACCGCGAUGCUUCACCAGCAGAGUUGUAUGAGUAUGAGCUUAUAUUUGCGCGAAAACAAGCCUUGCGAUGGAUACCCAAGGCGGGCGAAAAGCCGCAUAUCGAACCAAGCAGCACAUCUACGUUCGAAAUGGAAAUCCUUGGGAAGCCAGGGCUGACCAGCGCUAUGGUUCAAGUCGAUUACGCUUACCUAGGUGUUCCUCCUACCGAAGUACAGGAUGAUUUUCACACGAGACAAGUGAGCCUGCCCCUUACAAUAACCGUCAAUGCCAGCGUAGAACUUGCGAGGAUGGACAUUCUCCCACUCACUGGUACCAUUCCGAGAUCAAUUUGGACGGACAUGCAGAGAAGCAAGGAUACCAAGAAAGAUAUUACCCCAGAGGACUACUGUCUUCUAUUGCUCGAUCUUCGGAACGCCUGGCCGUCCCAUCUACAUGUUCAUCUUGAAGUUUCUGAUGAAGGUAUGAUUGAUGAGGAGAUAUUACCUGGUAAUACGUCGAGGAUCAUGUUUCCUAUUCCGCGAAUAUUCCUCGAUGACCCCCACGCGGGAAUUCCGGCUCUUGAUCCCUCUCGACAACGUCAAUUUGUCGUCAGUGCCGGUCCCGUAUCCGCUGAGUCGGAACGAAGCAGUCGAGAAGCAUUUUGGUACCGAGAACAGAUACUCAAAAUGCUCCAUGGGACGUGGCACACCAAGUCGGGGCCAUCUCGAAAUGGGGAGAUUGAACUGCGAGGAAUCAGGUUGAGUCAACGGAUGAUCGAGGCUGUCAAGAUCGAGGAGAUUGGUAUCGAGCUCAUGGUCAACGGCGCUACUUCUCAGAAACCAAGACAUGAAGUCUUCACCAACAGUUUCGCUGAAUUCAAAGUUCGCAUUAGCAAUAGGACAACAACGCCAAUCUUCCCCAUGCUUCGCGUCCAACCAUCAUUGCGAAACCAAGCUCACAACAUAUCCCUUGACCUCUCUCGGAAGCUCAUUUGGAACGGCAUUCUACAACAAGCUUUGCCCGAAAUAGCCGGCAAAGAAUCAGUGGAGAUUGGCAUCGGUAUGACAGCUCUCUGCAGAGGCGAGUUUGAAAUCAGCGCUUCGGUCGAAGAAGCGCGACUCAAAGAACUUCCCCUCGAAGAGGGGAAAGGUAGUGUCACACGACCGCGAGCCAAUACGAGGGCGAUGAUGGAUGCUCUGUUAGGAGCCAAGGAGCGAAGAAUGUGGCAUUCUCGGGAGCCGUGCUUAGUCGUGGUUAGGGACGAAGAUAGUAGUGACGAUGAUGAUAAUGAAUGA